AUGGCCGGUAAAAUUUUGAAUGCCUUAUUUGAUUCUGGAGCAACACAUUCGUUUAUUGCAUUUGAGAAGGCUGAUGAGUUAGGAUUGAAAAUAGUGGUUCUGGGGUAUGAUUUAAAAGUGUAUAAUGCUACGCAUGAGGCGAUGGUGACUAGGUUAGGAUGCCCACAAGUUCUAUUUCGAAUACAACAACGUGACUUCGUGCAUAACCUAAUUUGUCUGCCGAUGACUGGUAUUGAUCUCAUUUUGGGAUUGGACUGGUUAUCCAAGAACCAUGUUCUACUUGAUUAUUCUGCAAAACCAGUGUGUUUUAUGCCAGAAGACACAGAAGGGCCGGUUGUGGCGAAUAGCUACUACUUGAAUUCUAUGAUGGUGAAUUGUUCUGGGGCUGAAUGUCAGGGUAUCAUGUUGUUGACUACAGGUGUUUCGGGUGAUGAUCAAAGCUUGGAGCAAAUCCCGGUUGUGUGA